GGAAGCCCGGCGCAGUCAGCGCGAGCAGCAGCGCGAGAGAAACACACACGCAUGCACACAGAGAGACAGAGAGACAUGAAGCGACCAGCGUAGAGCUCACGCGGACACAGAGCGCGCGCGGCUUUAUGUAUGGGAUUUUUAUACUGAGACGAGAUGAGGCAGCCCCCGAGUGAUGUAGAGAGAGUGGCUCUGGGCGGUGCGCUCCUGCCCUCCAUAUCCACCUUCAGCAGCGGCGGCGCACACACAAGAUGGAAGGAAGAGAUGUCCCAUCUGAAGCACCCGUGCCUCCCGUCCGGCGGCUCUGACCACAACCCUCUGCUUACCAUGACCAAAAAAGAGCCGGAGGAGCUGGACCUGCUGGACUACGACUUCAUCCUGUCCAACAGCAUUCUCCAACAGCAGCAGCAGCAGCAGCAGCAGCAAAGCCACGCUCCCCAGCACCAGCCAGACGAGGACACAGGCAUGGUCAGCCAUGCUCCGCCCACUUCCCCCGGACCUUACUCGGCCUACCAAGGGGAGGCGCUGUACCCCAUUCCGGACCUGAGCGAUGUGUCCCCGUCCGGCGGCUUCGUGGCUGAGCUGAUGCGGCCCGAGCUGGACCCGGCUUACCUGCAGCCGCCCACCAGCCUCCAUGGCAAGUUCGUGGUCAAAACCACCAUGCACAUGGACUACAGCCAGGGGGCGACAGUGAGCAAAGCUGCCGCCUCUUCCUCGGACCCUUCCGUGCUGUUUGCGUGCCACAGGAUAAAGCAGGAAUGCCCCAGCAAGUGCGCCGUCAGCCGGGCCAUGGACCCUUGCGGCUUUGGCCACGCCCCCUCUUCCUCGUCCUCUUCCCUCUCCAGCCCGGACGAGCACCACGCCCCAUCUCAGGCGCUGGGACACCCGCUGGGGUUCCACCCCACCCAGGGGUACUCGGCGUUCCACGCGCAACCCCCUGCACCGUCCAUGCAGUAUCAAGAGAUGAUGCCACCGGCCGAGUGCCUCCCGGAGGAGCCCAAACCCAAGCGGGGCCGGCGCUCGUGGCCGAGGAAGCGGAUCGCCACACAUACCUGCGACUAUGCGGGCUGCGGAAAGACGUACACCAAGAGCUCACACCUGAAGGCGCAUCACAGGACACACACAGGCGAGAAGCCGUAUCACUGUGACUGGGAAGGCUGUGCCUGGAAGUUCGCCCGCUCUGACGAGCUCACGCGCCACUACAGGAAACACACGGGCCACCGUCCCUUCCAGUGCCAGAAGUGUGACCGGGCCUUCUCCCGCUCAGACCACCUCGCCCUGCACAUGAAGCGCCACCUAUAGCCUGUGGCCAGAACGGACCGCAAACCAGAACGGACCGUUUAUAUUCCGAAACCACACGUUGCCUUCGGACGGAAAAGUCAAUGAAAAAAAACAAAAGCUCCACAACAGGCCGUGUCAUUAACGGCAGACGGCGGCCCCCAGGGGCCAAAAACGUAUUUUUAAGUCUUUUUUAAAGUCAUUUAUUAUCUGUCGUCCUUGUCCUUGUUAUUAAAUGACGACGCAGAGAGAGCGUCUGCGUCCGACUGAUCUGGGAGAGUUACUGGAAAAGCGCUCGGAAAAAAAAAGAGGAGCCAAGAAACACAAUCAGACUGGAAAUCUAUCAAUAUCAGGGAUAUCUAUAUAUAUGGGAUCGUCUGUAAGCUGAACAAACACGAGGCCUUUGACUAAGCACACCUUCCGUUCGCCACAGUAGAAGAAAAAAAAACACUGUUCGAAUCCGUUUUUUGUUUUUUUUCUGGAAUCGCUCUCCAUUUCA